ACUGCUUCCGACAGUGCAUCUUAUAAACCUCUCGCCGCAGUACCAUUAUGAUAACCACGAGUUGAGCCCUGCAUUUUGCCAACUAUCACUUAACGGGAAAAUAGCAAGGUAUGAUGGUGGAUUCCCCAAGUUAAUUGAGUUGGAUCUACGGUUAUAAUUAAGCUGUGCAAGGAGAAUUCAAACGUAGCUCCGUAUAUCGUGUCGUCUAGCGUGCAGGUCAGAGAAGAGGCGAGAAGACGUUCUGACUUCGGAUGAAAAUAAUCUCUGGUGUCCUGGUUUACACUCGCUUGCCGUUUCUCCCGGGUCGAUAUUUUGCCCGCUCACAUCUUUAGGUCAACGUGACGUUUAGUGCCAACACCAAGUGAUCUUGCAAGACGAUGGAGUUAUGAAUAAAACUUGAUUGAAAUGCUGUUUGAUGGUAAAUACUUGCUGAAAUGAUACUAUAAGGUUGCAUAGAACAAGACUUGAUAAGAACAUUUUAAUUGAAAAUUUUAUAAUAAUCACCGGAUUGUAAUUUGUAUUGCAAACCUUCAAAAGACGUGGAAGUACACCCUGUGGUCUCAUAUUGUUUUAAGUGAGCAGCUAACAACAACGACCGGUAGGCCUAAUAUAUAUAUAACAAUUGAAAUUUUUGGAAAACCUUCACAAUAAAAUGACUUCACUUAGAUGUUGUUAACACCAACUUGGUUAACACGGAACAUCAAAAUGGAAUUUACCGCAUCUUACAGAACUGAAGUUUCAGCAACAUCGUCACCUGAGCAAAGCACGGGUUAUUACGUCUGGUGGGCCGUGCACAUAGUCUUCAUGGCGACUAUCCUGUGUCUCGGACUUCUCGGAAACACCAGUCUCUGCUGGAUCAUCCUUACCGACCAAAAGCUCCGAUCGGUACCCAAUGAGUUGGUGCUGAACCUGGCGGUGUGUGGGUUGUUCACGGUGAUUCUGAACGGACCUCUGAUUAUUCUAACACUAUCUGGAGAUACCUACCAGGACUGGCCGUACGGGGAGGCGCUUUGCCAGUUCAACGGGUUCACUACGUCAGUCUACGGGCUGGCUUCGGUACUUACUCUUGCCUUGAUAUCCGUCAAUCGAUAUCAAAUGAUACGGAGGUCAACGAGUCAGUUUGCGUCCUGGUUCACCCGCUCAAUGGGUAGAUUUCUCAUCGCUGGUGUGUGGAUAUCAUCCGGAGUGCUAGCCUUCCCUCCAGUCGUCGGCUGGUCUCAAUACGAGUACAUUCCAGAGAGAGCAAUCUGCACCUUAAAAUGGUCUACAGAAAUCUCCUAUACAGUAUUCGUCUUCGCUCUAGGAAUCUUCUUCCCCUUCGUGGUAACCUUCGUAGCUUACUUCUCCAUCUUCCGACUCGUCCGUAAGAAGUUUAAGAAGAUGAGAGAGCACACGACCCGCGGGAAACAAGGUGGGUCUCACUCGCGUAACGUGAGUAACAGCAGCGUUGGACGGUCUGAACGGAGACGCGGUAGCCAGCAGGUCUCAGGGAUGUACGGAGGGGGUGAUAGUAUCAGUGCGGUAUCGGGGGUAGUUGCACCUGUAGUGCUGGAUGGAGAACCAAUCCCUAGUGGCCAGGAUAUUGGAGUUCAGAUGUGUAUUGAUACAGACGGAGCUGUGCCGGCUGUAGAAACAACAGAAGCCUUGACGCAGAAACGUAUGCGAUCUUGGUCUCUUAUCGAGCAUGAUAUUAAAGAAGACUCUCGAUAUAUCCAAGUUGCAAAUAAAACUCACCAGGAUCCAGAAACUCAGCAGAAGAGUUUGACCCUCACUGUGCCUCCAUCGCCAUACCACGUGGAUUCCUCGCAAACGCCUUUUAAAAAACGCGAGUCCCUUCCGUCGCGAUCCAAGAGUGCCCACUCAAGGAUCUACCGUACCGCGUCCGCUCCGGAUCACGGGGAAGCAGCUCUGAUUAAACGGCAGCGAAGCAACACCAAAACCUCCCGAAGUGGGACGGAGAAAUCAAGUAAUGCCAAGUCGACCUACCUACCUCCUAAAGAUGAUCUACGUGUCACCCUCAUGGUCUUCAUGGUUCUUACAUCUUUCGUUCUCUGCUGGUCGCCAGUGACAAUCAUCAACUUCUUAGAGAGUUCCAGAGAAGUGGAUAUCGAUCCGGCGCUCAAUGUCUUCUCUGUGUAUAUGAUUUUUGCCAGUAGUGCCAUUAAUCCAGUCAUCUACGGCAUGAUGAACCGGAACUUUAGGAGCGGAUUCAAGCGGUUCUUCUGUGGUUUCUGGGUCAUCUGUGGAGCUUGUAAAAGAAUCCCGCGUCAGAACCGAGUGUCAGUUAUAAAUCUGAAUGAUGAAACGUUACAUUAACUUUGGAUUGGAGGUAUCACACAAUGUCAACCCUGUCAGAUGCCAUGUGUACUGUUUUGUGUAGAGUGAUGUGAUUCAUUCCUAAACAUUAUGGGUGCGUUCGAUUAGCUUCCCUGGGUCUACCCGGUGCUCACUCUGGUGAGCCUCUGACAAGAGCUAAACGAACGACCACUCACCGCUUUCGCACCUGGGGCCAGCCCCAAGUGACCCA